AUGGGCUUCCGAAAAGCGCCGACGCAGGCCUUGAAGGCGGCCAACAAGCUCAAGCGACAGGAGCUCUUUGUGCAGCACAAGAAGAGCAAGGAUAAGGACCGCCGCGAACACCGAUUCCAGCGCAAAAAGGAAGAGGACCGCAACCCGGAGCUCAAGGCCGCUCGACUCGCCAAAAAUGUGACCAAGACACUGGACCAGAAGCGUGUCUGGGAUGAUGUCGACGAUGACAGUCUUGGUGCCGUGGUAGACGUGGAGAAGCUCAAACGCAGACGCAUGGAAGAAGCCCUGGCAGAAGAAGAGGCAGCCUUGAACGCUCCGCUCGACGAAGACAACGACGAGGACAACGAUAGCAUGCUUGCCACCGAUGAUGAGGAUGACGAGGCUCAAGAAGCGGCCCUGGCCAAAGCUCGCGCGAAGCGUGCAAUCAGAGACAGCAGUGCGGUCCCUUCGACUACCAGCACCAAUCUGGACCUGACGCCAUCAUCGCUGGCUCUCAAAUUCCCUACGCUGUUUACCGAUAUCCCACCUCCCACACCUAAAAUCCUCCUUACGACAUCACUGAACUCCACGCUACAUGAGGAGGCGCACCUACUCACCACCCUCUUCCCCAACAGCAACUACAUUCCCCGUUCAUCACAUCGCUACGGCCACAAGUACUCUCUGCGGGAAAUUUGCAAAUUUUGCAUUGGCAGAGACUACACCGCCGUCGUGCUGCUCAAGGAAGACCUCAAGAAGCCUACAGGCCUAUCGAUUGUUCACCUGCCAGCAGGCCCGACGUUCCACUUCUCCAUCUCCAACUGGGUCGAGGGCAAGAAGCUGCCCGGCCACGGCAACCCUACCAACCACUACCCCGAGCUGCUCCUCAACAACUUCAAGACGCCCCUCGGCCUGCUGACGGCCAAGAUCUUUCAGACGCUGUUCCCGCCCGCGCCCGAGUUCCAAGGCCGCCAAGUGAUUACGCUGCACAACCAGCGCGAUUACAUUUUCGUGCGCCGCCAUCGCUACGUGUUCCGUGACAAGCGCGCCACGGAAAAGAGUGUCCUCGCCCCGGACGGCGAGAAGCUGAAGGGUGUGGAGGACAUACGCGCGGGACUGCAGGAGCUCGGCCCCCGAUUCACGCUGAAGCUGAGGCGUGUCGACAAGGGCAUCGGCCGUGCGGGUAGCGAAGGCGACGAUGCGACACAGUGGGAGUGGAAGUCCAAGAUGGAGAAGGACAGAAAACGUUUCAACUUGUAA